GCUGACGCCGUCUCCCAUCAGAAAUCACAGCUCUGACAGCAACUCUCGUCCGGCUCCAACUACUCCCAGGAUUACAAAUGGUGGUUCAAAUCUCCAGCAGCCUCUAUCCAAUCAGCAAGAUGUCUGACCUCGGCCACCAGCAGCACAAAGUGGAAGCCAACAUCUUGGUGCUGGGAGCCGAAAACGUUGGCAAGUCCGCUCUGACCGUCAGAUUCCUCACCCGGAGGUUUAUCGGAGAAUAUGUCGGAACAGAAUCGAUUUACACGCAUAACAUCUCCAUCGAUGGCCGCGAAACGUUCUUCAGCAUCUGGGACUCCGUCUGCCCGCAGAACCCGAAUCUGAGUAACUGCGUGACGGAGGAGCAGCUGCGCUGGGCCGACGGCUUCAUUCUGGUCUACAGCAUCUGCGACCGAGACAGCUUCAACGUGGUGAGACAGCAGCUCCAGAGGAUCCGUCAGGCCAAGAGACGGCACGGCUCGGCGCCCGUCAUCAUCGUCGGCAACAAGAGGGACCUGCAGCACCGGCGGGAGGUCCCCGGCGAGGAGGGGCGGCUGCUGGCCCUCUCCUCCGACUGCGGCUUCUUCGAGAUCUCGGCGGCCGAGACCUACCACGGCUCUCUCGUGGUCUUCCACCAGCUUCUGGAGACCGUGCGAGAGGCCAGGAACUCCACCAAGAAGAACGGCAUCAAGGGGAUCGUGCGGAGCAUGUCGGCGGUCUUCGGCCGGAGGAGAACCGACUGAGGU